AUGGCCGUACGCUUCUCCUUUCUCUUUCUCUCUUCUCUCAUCCUUACGUCGUCGUUUUGGUUGUUGGCCUUAGCCGACGAUGACAUCACUGUCCACGGCGAGGAUGUUUUGAUUCGUCAAGUGGUUGAUGAUGAUAAUUUGUUGAAUGCUGAUUAUCAUUUUACGAUAUUCAAGAAGAGGUUCCGGAAGGCGUACGCCACCAAAGAGGAGCACAAUUAUAGGUUUUCAGUAUUCAAAGCUAACCUGCGCAUGGCCAAGCGACACCAGAAGCUUGAUCCCUCCGCCGUUCAUGGUGUUACUCAGUUUUCCGAUCUCACCCCACAGGAGUUCCGCCGUAACUUCCUUGGAGUCAACCGGCAUCUCCGCCUUCCCGCUGACACUAAGCAGGCUCCGAUUCUGCCAACCAAUGACCUUCCGAAGGAAUUUGAUUGGAGAGGGCAUGGUGCCGUCGCGCCAGUCAAGAAUCAGGGUUCGUGUGGAUCAUGCUGGUCGUUCAGCACAACUGGGGCAUUGGAAGGUGCCAACUUUCUUGCAACUGGGAAGCUUGUGAGCCUCAGUGAGCAACAGCUCGUGGAUUGUGACCAUGAGUGCGAUCCAGACGAACCAGGUUCAUGUGACUCAGGAUGUAACGGUGGACUGAUGAAUAGUGCAUUUGAGUACACACUUAAAGCUGGUGGACUCAUGCGAGAAGAAGACUAUCCCUACACUGGCACAGAUCGUGGAACCUGCAAAUUCGACAAGAAAAAGGUUGCUGCAAAGGUUGCUAAUUUCAGUGCUGUCUCCCUUGAUGAAGAUCAAAUAGCUGCAAACCUUGUCAAGUAUGGCCCUCUUGCAGUGGCAAUCAAUGCUGUCUAUAUGCAGACGUAUGUUGGAGGAGUUUCAUGCCCACUCAUAUGUUCUAAGCGGUUGGAUCACGGGGUGUUGUUAGUCGGAUAUGGAUCGGCAGGGUAUGCUCCCAUUCGUAUGAAAGAGAAGCCAUACUGGAUCAUUAAGAACUCUUGGGGAGAGAAUUGGGGAGAGAAAGGAUAUUACAAAAUCUGUCGUGGCCGUAAUAUUUGUGGAGUGGAUUCCAUGGUUUCAACUGUUGCAGCUGUUAGCACCUCACAGUAG